AUGGACUCCGAUUCAGACUCCGACGGCUCUCACAUCUCCGCCACUCCUCCCCGAGACCCAUUUCCUCCACCACCGCCACAAAAACAGCUUCCUCCAAGGCCUCAGCAGCCACCGCCGCCACGACAAGUACCGCCAGUUUCCCGUAAACCUCCGUCUUCUUCUUCCUCUUCUCGCUCAAAGCCCAAAUCACCUACAAAUCUACAGCCUCCGAAUAAUCAUCACUCAGAAGAAGCUCAAGUCCCAUCUCCCUCUCCUCCUCCACCCUCGUUAUUCACCGAUCUCCCCUUCCGAAUCUGCGAACCCUCCAAUCCCACUAGAUCUUCUUCCUCCUUCUACAGACUCCCCAGAGCUUCCCCCGCACCUGAAGAUACAUCGAAAUCGGAUCCCCAAUCGAUUGAAAUCAAUCACGUUCUCCCAGACCUCCUCCCUCACGUACCAACCGCCCCUCCAAAACUCGUUAAGAGAAAGCCUCCUAACCUCAUAACAGAUUCCGUAACUUCUCAACCAGCGAAACCUCCCGUGGUGUUUCGCACCGGCGGCGAGGGUAAUUUCGUCAAACUGAAUUUAAACGGGAAGAGAGCGAAGAAGUUCCCAAGCAAAUACAAAAGCACUUCCAAAUCCAGAACCAAAUUCUCCUACAGAGGGAAGAAAUUCAAAAAGGACGAUGGCGAAGAAGUUGAAAAUUGGUUACAGAGAGAUGAACAAGAAGAAGAAGAUAACGGUUUUAUCAGUUCAGUAGAGGAGGCGGUUAUGGCGGUUAAGAGUGAUGCAUGUGAUGAGAAUCUGACGAAGCUGUUGAGUUUAGUGUAUGGUUAUGAUUCUUUUAGGGAUGGGCAGUUGGAGGCUAUUAAGAUGGUACUUGCUCGGAGUUCGACGAUGCUUGUGUUGCCUACUGGUGCUGGGAAGUCUCUUUGUUACCAGAUUCCGGCGAUGAUUCUUCCCGGGAUCACGCUUGUGGUGAGUCCCUUGGUUUCGUUGAUGAUUGAUCAGUUGAAGCAUUUGCCUUCGGUUAUUAAAGGUGGUCUCUUGAGCAGUAGCCAGAGACCUGAGGAAGCAACGGAAACGUUGCGGAAACUUAAAGAAGGCAUCCUAAAGGUUCUCUUUGUGUCUCCCGAGAGACUUCUGAAUGUAGAAUUUUUGUCAAUGUUCCGCUUGUCUUUAUCGGUGUCACUUGUCGUUGUGGAUGAGGCACACUGUGUAUCAGAAUGGUCUCAUAACUUCCGCCCUUCAUACAUGAGGCUCAAGGCAUCGAUGCUGUAUUCUGCACUCAAGGCAGAUUGCAUUCUCGCUAUGACUGCAACUGCCACAACUAUGACUCUUCAGGCUGUCAUGUCUGCAUUAGAGAUACCGUCUACCAAUCUUAUUCAAAAGUCACAACUCAGAGACAAUUUUGAGCUGUCUGUCUCUUUGAGCGGAGCUAACAGACUGAAAGAUCUAUUGAUUUUGAUGGAGUCUCAACCAUACAAGAAGAUUCGGAGCAUCAUUGUCUACUGCAAGUUUCAGUAUGAGACUGACAUGAUAAGCAAGUAUUUACGCGAUAACAACAUCACUGCAAAGGGCUAUCACAGUGGUCUUCCAGCGAAAGACCGUGUUCGCAUACAAGAGUCAUUUUGUGCCAAUAAGAUAAGAGUGGUUGUUGCAACUGUGGCAUUCGGCAUGGGACUUGACAAGGGAGAUGUUGGAGCUGUAAUCCACUUCAGCGUGCCAGGCAGUUUGGAAGAAUACGUUCAGGAAAUUGGACGUGCUGGUCGUGACGGGCGGUUGUCUUAUUGUCAUCUCUUUUACGAUGAGGACACAUAUCUAAAGCUUCGGAGUCUUUCACACAGUGAUGGUGUCGAUGAAUAUGCAGUUGGAAAGUUUCUCACCCAUGUUUUCUCAUCUGACACAAAGCAACAUGAGAAGAUAUGCUCCAUAGUCAUUGAAUCUGCCUCUCAAAAAUUUGACAUGAAGGAAGAGGUCAUGCAAACGAUUUUGACACAUUUAGAGUUGGGGGAAGUGCAAUACUUACGUAUGCUUCCACAGGUUAACGUAUGUUGCACUUUGAAUUUCCACAAGUCUUCUCCAGAUACUCUGGCCGCACGUAACAUCAUAGUUGCAGCAAUUCUGAAGAAGUCUCACGUGAAGCAAGGGUUAUAUGUCUUCGAUAUGCCAACCGUGGCCUCAAGCACAGGUGUUGCAACCACGGAUGUCUUGGCUGAGAUUCAAACUCUGAAGAUGAAGGGGGAAGUAACAUACGAGACGAAGGACCCCGCCUUUUGUUACGCAAUCUUAGAAUCUCCAAAGGAAAUAUCUUCGUUGUCCAGCCACCUUACCAAAUGGCUCGCAGAGGUUGAAUCUUGCAAAGUAAGGAAACUAGAUAUUAUGUCAAGUGCAGCCGUGGCUGCUAUAAAUGUCUCCAACACUUCAGAAACUAGUUCGAGUGCCAAGCAAACUCUGAGCCUGCAAAGCAGAAUUUUGGAUUACUUCAAUGGAGACGAAAGUUGUGACAUUCCGAGCAAGACAACUCAAAAUUGCUCCUUCCUACGAGCAGACAUAAAGGUGUUCUUGCAGAGUAAUCGUCAGGCCAAGUUCACGCCAAGAGCCAUAGCGAGGAUAAUGCACGGAGUUGGAAGUCCAGCUUUUCCAAAUUCAGUCUGGUCCAAGACUCAUUUCUGGGGAAGGUAUAUGAGUGUGGACUUCCGAGUGAUAAUGGAAGCGGCACAAACAGAGCUAAUGAAUUAUGUUGAUAGAAAUGCGGCUCUAGCUACAUAGAGUGAGAGUUGAACAUUUACACACCUUACGUCAAUAGAACGUUCUGAGUUAUGCAUUGUUUAUUAUUUACAGUGUUUAGGUCUACACACCUUAAAGAUUUGCUUAGAGUCUUAGUGACUUACAGUUGUGCAUUGUCAACGAGGUUAGGAGUUAGUAAAAGAUCUUUUGCGAACUACAUUGAAGAUAAAG